UGUAAUUCUACAUUAUUACUGCACGACCUUCCAGAUUCAAUAAUACUGCAAGUAUUUAGUAAAUUUACCAUCAAAGAACGCCUCCUAUUCCGUCGAGUUUGUUGGAAAUGGCAUCACCUUCUCAAUGAUUACAGCGUCUGGAGAAGCAUCGACCUCAGCGAGGACAGUUUUCUUUCAAGCAAAGUCAACAACAGAGUUCUAGAAAGCUGGGUAACCUCAUGGGGGAAAACCAUUCAGCAUAUAGAUGUUAGAGACUGCAAAUGGCUAACAGAUCUCGUCAUUAUAACUGUUGCGGAAAAUUGUAUUGAUCUUAAAUGCCUUAAUAUUGAAGGUUGUUUCCAAGUGUCCGACCAUGGUAUGGAUAAGGUAGCGCUUAAUUGUACGCGUUUGAGGAAAAUCAACGUAUUCUUAAGCGGCUUGUCGGAGGAAGGAUUUGACAGGUUGCUUAGAAAAUGCUCUGAUUUAGAGGAUAUCAAACUGGGAAGCAGAGGUAACUGCCAUCGCAUGUUAUUGUCUGUUUGUCGUAAUGUUAAGGAUUUAAAGGUGAUCGCUAUCCAUGAUGUCAUACCGUUUGAUGAGGGAGAACCCGUGGUAGAUGAUCUGUCGCUAUGGAGACUGUGUACGUGUUUUCCAUGUUUAACGGCCAUUGAUCUCACUUGGUGUUGUUUUAUUACUGAUGACGCGUUGCUAGCCCUUCCUUUCUGCUGCCCCAAUCUUGCGUCUUUCACUGUCCGUGAAUGCCACCAAGUUUCCGAUCGCGGUAUUCGCGCCGUUUUUCACGUUUGCCAUGAAAGCUUAACGAAGAUCCACUUGGAAAGACUGUACAAUGUUUCUGACGUUUUGUGCUUUUCGCCCGAAGAGUUAAAACCGUUUCCCAACCUUAAAUAUUUAAAGGUAAUAGACACUUCAGUUUCCGACGUCGGCAUAGCGAAGAUUGCCGAGAAAAGCCCGAGCUUGGAAACGCUGAUCGUCGGUGAGCACUGUUUUAAUCCUUUUAACAUUCACGGAAUGUUCAUCUCAACGAUUGCGGAACGUUGCCAAAAAUUACAGCAAUUCAAGUUAUAUUCAGGGAGAAUGAAAGACAGCUAUCUGACCGCUAUUGGAAAAAGUCUGCCCUUCGUAAGAGAGCUUUAUCUUGGAGAUUGUCGCGACUGCUCGACAGAAGGCCUCAGUAAAAUCAUUACGCAGUGUCGCUGGCUCCAAGUGCUGAACAUUCAAAACUGCAUUCAUGUGACAAGUAAUACAUUGAGUCUUAUAUCACAAAACCUUAGGAAUCUCAGAGAACUGGAGAUUCUGAAUUGUAAGAGCAUCACAACGUUAGAUGUAUUGGAACUUAAAAGAAAGUUGCCUUUAUGUGAUGUCAGGUAUUAA